GAAACGUUGCACAAUGUUACAUAGACGUGGGGUAUCACUAGCCACCCACUGGCAACCACACACAGUGGAUGUUCCCUGACCAUCAGCUCAUGCCCACACCAACACAAAACAUGGAUGGAAAUCUACCGUUGACCCAAUCAUCGUAUUGCACCGUGGUAGAUAAAAAAGACCAAUCUAAACUAAUAUGCUACACGCAUACAACAUCUGGGAUAUUCAAUGUUGGCUUGACAAAUGCCUUUGAUGUGUGGAGCACAGAUUUCACCGAGGAGACAUUGAACCAGUUUAGACAGAAGUUUGCCUUAAAGUCAACAGAGGAUUAUAUCCUGAAAAUCAGGUCUGCGUGUGGGAGUGGGAGUGUGUCGGUAUCGGUGGAGGACACCGAUGCAGUGCUCUAUUUAGCGGCCAGUCCAGGAGACCUGAGUGUGACUCUGUCCAGACUAAAAGAACAAGAGGCUAAAGAGGUCCUGAGAGAGCUGCUGUUUAGAAUGGCAGACAGCCUGACCCAUUUAAACAAUACUGCAGGCCCUGCCUCAUUCAGUCCUGGGAAGAGUCCGCACAAACGGAAUACAGACUUUGAGCCAAGGAGACACCAGCAGAGUGGCCAAACUAUGGCAGUCAAGAAGCGUCUCCCAGGAGAUUCUCUCAUCAACCCAGGAACUAAGAGAAAGCGUCAAGCAACCGGGGUGGCAUUUGAUGAAGAAGACGAUCAAUGAUAAUUUGCUAAGAGGAAUGACCACAGUUGCUUUCCAUCCUUGCUGUCACAUUUCUCCAGCAUACAAACAAUAUAGUGCAUGAAUGUUCUUUUAAUCCACUAACACUAAGCCAUACAGCUUCAACAAAAAAUCCCAAAUGGCACUCAUUCCCUAUUUGGUGCACUACUUUUGACCAGAUCCCUAUGGGUCAUGAUUAAAAGUAGUGCACUAUAUAGGGUGCCUGUUUAAAAGUAGUGCACUAUAUAGGGUGCAAUUUUAGACGCACUCAUUAUCAUUACCUCAAUCACUGUGGGAAGACUUGAAACAUGUCUUCCCCCAAAAAAUUCUCCCCAAUUUUCGUGGUAUUCAAUUGGUAGUUACAGUCUUAUCUCAUCGCUGCAACUCCCGUUACGGACUCGGGAGAGGCGAAGGUCGUGAGCCGUGCGUCGUCCGAAACGCAACCAAACCAAGCCGCACUGCUUCUUGACACAAUGCCCGCUUAACCCGGAAGUCAGCCGCACCAAUGUGUUGGAGGAAACACCGUACACCUGGCGACUGUGUCAGUGUGCAUUGCGCCCGGCUUGCCACAGGAGUCGCUUGUGCGCAAAGGGACAAGGACAUCCCUGCCGGCCAAACCCUCCACUAACCCGGACGCAGCUGGGCCAAUUGUGGACCACCGCCCCAUGGGUCUCCCGGCUGCAACAGAGCCUGGACUCGAACCCAGAAUCUCUAGUGGCACAGCCUUAGACCACUGCGCCACUCAGGAGGCUCAUAUUUGAAUCUUUUAACUUUAUAAUAAGCAUGACUUUUUAAAGCCAUUCUCCUUGUCCAAUCAUUCAUGUCGAUUUGUUCUAAUAAUAUAUAAUAAUACUUUUUAACAAGUUAGUCAAAUCUGCUCAGGAAACCAUGAAAUUGAUAGUGUAUAUCAGACUGAUUCUCAUAUCUUUAUUGUUAGCAAAAUGACUGCAAGCCUUCAAAGAGCAUGCACAGUAAAAUAUUUGGUUCUAAUACCUAAUGUUGAAGGUAGCUACUAGAAUACUAUAAUUAAAUGCAUGAUUAAAACCAUAGAUAAAAAUAACCCAAUUGAUACCUGAUUUAUUUGUCAUUUUUUUGUUUAAAAAUCCAGAUCACCCAACGUGAAGCACAGAAUACAGAAACAACAGUAGAUUCAGCAACAAGUCCAAAUGUAACGCAAGAAGAACAAAUAUGAACAGAUGCUUUACAACAGAAAAAUGUCAGACACAUUUUCAUAAAAUAUAUAGAUAUAUAUUAUAUUCAGAUGCACACAUACACUACCUGGGUAAAUUCCAAUGCAUUUUCGCUUUAGAGCAAAGCCAAGUAAUCACUAGAUUGAUGAAGAAAAAAAAAAUCUCAUCGUAUUUGCACCCAUGUAGAAUUGCACCCAAUUCUCAUAUUUGCUGGUGUUGUUUAAAAAAAACUGUUUGUUUUACUUUUACUCCAGAGACCUUUGAACGAUAAGUUCUUGUCAAUUUUACAUUUUUUUUAAUUUUUUAAAUCAAGCUUUUUUUUGCUCAGGGAAACUUCAAAUACAUGUUUAAGUAUUCAGAGAUGUUGGGUGGCAACAACAGUUGCAAUAGAUCAAAUAAUGAUCAAAACCAUCUAAAAUGGUUCUAAACCACAUCGCUGUUCCUUUGAGGUCCAGAGUCACAGAACUCUAGUUAAAGCAGAGCAUCACGGUCAUCAUUUAGCCUUGAGUUAAAGGACACAAGUUAACCUCAAGUUCAUUACAUCUUUCCUCACAGCUUUUCAGCUCCCAACAUAUACAGGUAGCAUUAAUUAACACAUUUCAAAGACAGGCUUGGUUUCUCAUUCUCAUAUUAGUCCACAUGAAAAAUCAUAAUUUUGUCCUGGACUUCAGUAAAACAUUUCACCUACUUUACAUUCUGAGGAAAACAAAUUACAACAAUUAGUUUCCUUGUUUAAUAGUAAAAGGAUAACAAACACCCCAGUCAAGAUAUUUUUUUUUUUCAAAUAAGUCCAAAUAGGUCACCCAUUAAGAAAUCAAUGUGUUCAAUUACAUAGAAUUAGUCCACGAAAUAACUUAAGCAAUUUCUGAGAGGAAUUAAGAGAGAUCACAACUAUAUCUUUACAAAACAAACACCCCAUGAACAUAUCCAUUUCAAAUCACAUGGCAACAUACAUAUUCAGGACAAACAUUUCUCUUCAUUAAUGACGUGGUGUGGGUGUUCUUCAAAAUUCCUAAUGUGCUCCAACUUCCAAAAGAAAUAGUCAGCAGACUUGAAAGCAUCUUGUAAAUCAUACAAUCUCAAGUACAAACUAAACAAUGAUCAGAAAGUUCAACUUCUUUUUCUCACAGUGAUGGUAGUGCAGUAGUGUAUGCUUAUUAUUGUAAAUCCUGUAUGUGUCCUUUCUUAUAGGUAUUACAGGAUAUAAUUAUUAUUAAGUUCAGUUCUUUUCACGGUUUUUGGAUUACUUAAAUUAUCUUGUUGAUUACCUUCAUUGUAAAGUAAGUUAUUACAUGGUGUCCAACAUAGGAUCUUGUUGAAAGAAACAAAUCAUUAUGAUUUGUAGAAGCACACAAUUCAGCAUUCAGUAGAAAGUGCUCUAAUUAUCAUGUCGAGACAAAAAUAUACA